AUGGCACUUGGACCCCAUCGCAGGGCAUCAGCCAGGGAUUUAUUGGGACGCCUGUCGGCCCUGUUUGAUUCUGCCGCAGCUCAAGCUUCUGGCUCCAACUCCACCGCCGCAACAUCAGUGACGGUGAGCGCCUCGAGCAGCUCCACCUCUUACUCGAGCACGACUUUUCCGACCUCGUCGCCCUUCCCGACUCUCCGCACCCCCGCGUCCCUCGAGGCGAGUCUCCAGGAACACAUCAACACCUUUGCCUCGACCUUCCCCGACUCUGCACACGAGGCCAAGGAGCGAGAAAGGACGAGAUGGCGCGACGGACUGCUCGAACUGUGGGCGAGCGCGGAACCUCGAGCCGGGACCGAGACCGAACCUCAGGCCGUUGCUCGCGUCUCGGCGUUCCUCGUGCUGCUGUGUCAACUCAGUGCGGAUGGCAACGAAUAUGACGACUCGGCCGCGAUCGUCACCCGCCACGACAUCGCCAAGGUGUGGUGGGGCGCCGUGCUGAGGAGGGUCAUCCUCGGUUCAGGCAAGGACCUGCAACGCAAUGACGACAGGACAACGGCCGCACCGGAACGUUCGAGGGGUCGCAAGUCGGGCAAAUCCGAAAAGGGGAAGGACACGGCUACUCCAUCGAGCACACUUGCACCCGCGGAGCGAACAAUCACGAGUAGAGGCGCCUCCGGCCCACUGCUCAAGCCUCUGACAGUAUCGAGAGAAGCGCUCGAGGCCUCGACGACGAUGGUCGUGUGGGGCAUGUCGCCGACGCAGGAGGAAUCUGACCAGGAGUGGAGGUAUGUGCCUCCGUUCUUUUUGACCGUGAGAGACGAGUACGAGCAGAGAGCUCUUACCGGUCUCAAGGGCUUCGAUGAAGGGUAUGGCGUGCGCAAUCUUCAGGAAUGCCUCAUCAAUUGGGGCGAAAAGUUUUACGUCGUGAGUGGACCACUUCCAUCGCGUUGUCGGAUUACCGCUGAAGACCGAUCUCGGUGAGCUGUUGUACAGAGGCUAUUUGAGCAAAUGGCCCCCUUCGUUACCGUCUCGCGAUCGCCGCAACUACCCACCCUUUCCUUGCUCGUCGCUUUCCUUUCACGUCACCCGGACAAGGCCAAAGGGAUUCACGAGACGCCGUUGUUAGGAGCCCUCAUCACCCUGUGUUUGACCUCGCGUGACUCGGCCUCCGUCAUCCUUGGCGUCAAAUGCCUUGUCAUCUCCUUGGUCCAGCUCACCGUCUUGAUCGGCGACCACCUCCCGGGCCUGUUUGCCAUCUACGCCCGCCUCGUCUGCUGGGAACGACCAGACGACUUGCUCGAGGAUGCGCCUCUGGAAGAUACGGACGGGUCGCCCAUCAUCUCCGUCGAGACACCGGAUUCGAUGCUGCUGUUCAGUUGCUUGUACGGCAUCUUUCCUUGCAACUUUACGGCAUUUUUGCGCGAUGCGACGGGGUAUCUGCGGAGCAAGAACUGGAGCGGACCGCUAGAAGCGUACAGUCUCUUUGAUACCGCGAGUGUUCGAGCGUUCAGCAAGGUGAGCUCAAAAUUGAUCUCUUGAACCAUAUCUACGUGAUUCGUGACUCUAAUGUUCUCCUCUCUGCUCAUGCUCAGCCUCUCAUUGCUCGACACACGCUUCAUCCGGCUUUACUCUCCUCGGACCCAGCGUCAGAGCUCACGGAUGUCACUCGGUUUGGCGAUGCCGAUGCUGCCGGUGUGAUGGCCUUGUGCGACCAAAUGGUCGUUCACGAAGGGCCGGGAUUUGUUUCGGAAGUCCCGACGACUCCUCGACCGUCCCGCGGGCGACGAGCCGCCUCGGGUCUCGCUGUGACCGAAUCACGCCCCGGCAGCCUGCGACCCUCUCAGAUCCGCAAAGCCUCUACUUCGGGCUCUCGCUCCCGUUCACCGAUACCUCACUUGCCCUUAGCAACGCACUUCACCAACUUCCAAGCACGUCAGAACUCCGGCUCGACCUUGUUGAAGUCCGUUCCGACGAGUCGCUCGGGAUCCCGGCCGCGCACGCCCAUCACCGAUCUGGCGGACCAUUCUCACCCAGCUUGGUCCGGCUUGAUCCCGUCGUCGACCGAUUCAUCAACCCAGGCCUCGAGCUCAUCUUCACGCGCAUCAUCGAUCAAUGGCUCUCCUUCGACGAUCCACGGUACGCUCAACGCCCCCGCCCCGGUGGAACACCUCGAGUCUCGUCCUCGUUCUCGCUUCCGCGGGGUCCACGUCCCCGGCGGUGUGCAAGCCAGCAAACUUGAACGUGACAUCGCGCUCCUGCAAGGCGAAGUCGAUUUCCAACGGUACCUCAAGCAGAUUCAUCUCCAAUACAUGGGGACGUUGCAUCGCCAGAAAGUUCUCGGAAGUGGGGCCGAGGCCGAACGCCAAGCAUUGAACCGCACGAUCCGGACGCUGAAAGCGCAACUGAAGCAGAUCAAGUCGUCUUUGGAUCAAUUGAGGAACGAGUCGAGCACGAUCAAGGUCAAUUGGGUGUCGCAUAUCGAUGAUUUGAGGGAGAAGCUCAAGACCGUGAGGGAGAGUAAGGGCAAGGCCGAUCAAGAGGGGAAGACGUUGAGAGCUCAGCUGGAGGUGGUCAAAGAGCGGGAGGCCAAGUUACAAAAGGAGUUGGACACGACAGGGGCAGAGUCAGUACCCGAGGCUUACUUUAUGGAUUGGAAGGGCGGGAUGGAGCUGACAUACUUUGCUUGGUCCACAGGUUCCUUGACCUUCGCAAUCAGGUCGCGCUGGACUCGGAAAAGCUCAGCCGUCUCGAGGAAUACGAAAAACGUAUUGGUGCUUUGACCAAAGCUGUUGCCAUUAGGUCAGUUUGACAAGGUAACGAUUACACCAAAAUUUUCGGUGCUAAUUCACAAAUACACGCACACUUGCAGUGACGCCGAUCUGAUCAAGUUCAAGGAGCAGAAACGACAGAUGGAUUUACUCGCCGCCAAGGCUCAAAAGUCCGAGAUGCUGCGCGAGUCGAUCGAAGCGGAAGCUGCAACGCUGCGCCAACAACUCCGGUGAGUGUUCCCCUACACCAAUCUCGGUUUACUAAAUUAGUUCUAAGCAUUCACCGCCCAUUUCAUCAUUCAGUGUCAAGGACGAUGAGCUCGCCAAACUACGCCAGGCGAACCCUAUCGCUUUAAGCUCGGCCAUCGCAGCGACGACGCUCACGAAAGACGACCACUCCAAGUUGCUGGAAGAAUUGGAACGCUUACGUACCAAGAACCAAGAACUGGUCGUUCAGGUCAUGGAGUUGCAGCAGGAGCCUGCGAGUCGUCAUGGCUCGGUUCAUGAAGGGCACUCUGACGAGUCGUGA